AUGGCAACCGACCACGGCAACGCACCGCCUGUGGUUGUUGCCCCGGAGGAGGGCCCCAACGGUCAUACGAAUGAGCAUGCCGGACCAGACUCGCGACACGCAGACGGAGGCUGGCAAAACGGAUCUUCGCAAGCACCUAUCCCGACAGUAGCAGGUCCUAACAGCCCCCUACCGCCCUCAGGAUGGGCAGAGGAUCCUUCAAACGGCAGCGAAGAUUGUGGCGAUAUCGUAGCAUCCAAAUUCUUUCCCGCAGAAGAUGAAAAUGGAGAUCAAUACCCCCUUUGCGAGACUGAUUACUUUCGACGACUUGGCCUCCUUUGCCAUAAAUGUGGUGGGGCGCUUCGCGGGUCAUACAUAACCGCGCUCGAGCACAAGUAUCACGUUGAUCAUUUUACUUGCUCACUCUGUGCGACCGUCUUUGGCGCCCAAGACAGUUAUUACGAGCACGAUAGCAACGUCUACUGCCACUACCACUACUCCACUCAGUUUGCGCAGCGAUGCAAUGGCUGCCAGACGGCUAUCCUCAAGCAGUUUGUGGAAAUUUUCCGCAAUGGGCAGAACCAGCACUGGCAUCCCGAGUGCUAUAUGAUACACAAGUUUUGGAACGUGCGUCUAGCUCAGCCAACGGAGGCGCCGCAGAUCCAUGAAGGCGAGGUUAGCGAUGUCGACAGGGACCGUAUUCGGGAAGAAGAAGAACGCAUGGAAGAUAAAGUUUUCAGGAUAUGGAGCGUAUUAUCAACGUUUGAAGAGUCGUCUGCAGCAUGUAUAUCCGAUAUGCUGCUGCACGUUAGCAACGCUUCGUACAUCGACGGUGUGUUGGUAGCCAAACGCUUCAUCUGGCACGUCGAAAUUCUCUUCCAGUCUGCGGACAGACUAGACGCCGCUGUCGCAAGGCAAAAUGAGAAAGGCAUGUCGUAUGGCCGUGAAGCUAAGCUUCUCUGCAAGAAGAUCGUAUCCUUCUUUUCUCUGCUUUCGAAAACACAAGAUAAUGGCUCCCGGCAGCUUGGUGUUACUCAAGAGCUUCUGUCCCUUGUUACUGGCUUAGCCCACUAUCUCAAGCUGUUAAUCCGUAUUUGCCUUCAGGGGGCGUUGCGUCUAGAGCGAGAAGCGACUACCAGCGAUGGCCUUCAUCAGUUUUUAGACGACUUGAACGAUUUUGAGAGCUACAAGGGCGACGAGGGUCUUCUACAAGUGACCAUGGGAGGCAAGCGCCUUUCAGCUAAAGACUCGGAUCAUUGCGCCCAGUGUGGAAGAUCGGUAGAAGACGAGUGUGCUAAAAACGGCGAUAUGCGGUGGCACAUUAACUGUGUCAACUGUUCCCGCUGCCAGCGGGAGCUUGGACGUGUCUUGAAUGAAGCUUUUCUCAACUCGCAUGAACGCAAAAUUUACUGCAUAACAUGUAUCGGAGGCAAAACAGACGGCCUCACACCAUUUACACACAUUUCCAAACUUCAGCAAUACGUUUUUCUCCUCAAAGUCGCCCUUGCAAGAUUACUGGAUAUCCUCAGAAGCAAUGGCACCAUAUCAUCUGGCGAACCUGGUGCUGAUGGAAGCGAUCCAUUGCGCGCAGAUGCCAGAUCUAAGCAGUCAGGUGACAAAAGUCGCCGUCGCGAGUCAACUUACGAGACUACUCUGAAUGAGGUUCGAAGACUUCGCAGUACUCGUCUCGACCGACACUUGUCAUCUAGUGUCAGGCAGGCUCGGACGUCUCGUGUUAUGGAUGCUGAUGGACGGGGUCCCCGCCCUGCAUCUUCUGGAGGAGAGGGUAAGACUCAGGGAUCGACUGACCAGAUGUUUGGACAAAACGACGCUAUUACCUUGGACGACAUCUCUCGCAUUGUGGCUGUUGAGCAGUCUCGCGAACAACAGCAACGCCGAGAUCGACUGCCCCCCAGCGACGUCCUGCGGUCUGGUGCCGCAGAUCAAGGUCUUGGUUUAGGCCAUGCCAGGACGCAAUCCGCUGGUAGGGAUCAAGAUCUCCAGACGGCCGAUCAAAUGAUGUCUCGAGUCGGCAGAAAAUUCUUCCCUGAGCUAUCAGGCCUCGAGUACUUCAACGUUAGGCAUCUUGCUGUCUUGAUCAUGCACCCUGUGGUUGAGCAGGAUUUCACAUUAGAAGAGCUGUUAAGCUUUAUUGAAUCUAGGAAACCUGCUACAUUCUGGAAAAAUCUCGGCAAAGCGUUCAAAAACGACAAAAACAAAGCUGUCAAGAAGAAGGGCGUCUUUGGUGUCCCCUUGGAAGUCAUCAUUGAGCGAGACGGCGCUGAUUCGACAGAUGGUGUGGGACCUGGCACUCUGCGCAUUCCCGCUGUGGUUGAUGAUAUCAUUUCGUCUAUGCGCAAGAUGGAUCUUUCUGUCGAAGGUGUUUUCCGCAAAAACGGCAAUAUAAAAAAGCAACAAAAUAUGGUCGAUAAGAUCAAUGCGGAAGGCUGUGAUACUGUUAAUUUCAUGGAGCAGCCAGUCAUUCAGCUGGCUGCAGUGUUGAAGAGAUAUUUGCGAGACCUCCCAGAUCCCCUUAUGACUCACAAGCUUUACAAACUAUGGGUCGCCGUUGCGAAAAUCCAGGAUCCUGCUCGAAAGCUGCAGUGCCUGCACAUGGCCUGCUGUCUCCUUCCCAAGAGCCACCGAGACUGUCUAGAAAUUCUGCUUGUAUUCCUCAAAUGGGCAGGCACCUUCCAUCAACUGGAUGAAGAAGUCGGAUCCAAGAUGGACGUUAGGAAUUUGGCGACUGUUAUUGCGCCCAAUAUUUUGAUGAACCCUGCCAAAACACUUGCCAUGGAUAGCGAGACUAUCUACGUCAUUGACGCGGUGGAAAUUCUCAUUGACAAUAUUGAAGAAAUGUGUCAAGUUCCGGAUGAGAUUCUUACACUGCUCAACGACCCCUAUCUUUUCAGCAACAACGGCGAGAUUUCAACCAAGGAGAUUAUGAAACGAUACCAAGACCUUAGAGGGCAAGGCCCUGCUGAGCCUAGCGAAAUCUACAACCGACAGGAAAGCUCGACUCGCUCGCCACCCAAGCGAGUCGAAACAGAUCCCUCUCUCUUGCAAAGCGAGAGAUCAGUGCGACCGAUGCAAGACAAUGUCCCUGCACCCUAUUCGAACGCGGCUUCACCGGUACCUCCGCCACGGUUCAGACCCCCGGAAGACCAGCCCUCUCCCUAUGAUGCUAGUCAAAUGGAUCAUCCUGAUCCUCGUUCAGAGAACACUGAGCAUAGUAAACGGGGAGAGUGGCGGAAUUCUGGCGUUUGGGGCCGUCAAGGCGGCGGGGUAGGUGUUGGCGAACCGUUUUGA